UUGGAAGCUCCGUCUGCGUCUCUGUCUCCCCCUCCUGUCCUCAGAACCAGCCUUCGUUUCCCUCUAUUAUUUUCCACUCAGUUUCUCGCAGUUUAAAAUGGCGGCGUUGAGCAGCGCCGAGUCCCCACCGCCCGUCUUUAACGGAGACACCGCGGAGCGGGAGCCGGGCAGGGAGCGGGGCCUGGAGGAGCUGGGUGCCGAGCUGGACUCCUCCUGCAUGUCGGGGAUCCCCGGAGGUCCGCAGGAUGAGGAGAUCUGGAAUAUCAAACAGAUGAUAAAGCUGACACAAGAACACUUAGAGGCUCUUCUGGACAAGUUCGGAGGAGAACAUAAUCCUCCUUCCAUAUAUCUAGAGGCCUAUGAGGAAUACACCAGUAAACUGGACGCCCUGCAGCAGAGGGAGCAGCAGCUGCUGGAGGCCAUGGGCAACGGUACGGACUUCUCCUGCUCUUCUUCUCCCGUGCCAGCCCUUCUGGAGGUCAAGAUGGGAGGCUGUGGUGUUGGAGGGGGGGCUCAGGCCUUUCCCUCAGCCCCCAACACCUUGGCUGUCCUGCAGACCCCUGCCGAUGCUAGCCGAGCCAACCCUCGCUCCCCCCAGAAGCCCAUCGUCAGGGUCUUCCUGCCUAACAAACAGAGAACUGUGGUCCCUGCCCGCUGUGGGAUGACUGUGAGAGACUCGCUGAAGAAAGCUCUGAUGAUGCGAGGCCUCAUUCCAGAGUGCUGUGCAGUCUACAGGAUACAAGACGGAGAAAAGAAGCCGAUUGGCUGGGACACAGACAUCUCCUGGCUGACAGGAGAGGAGUUACAUGUAGAAGUGUUGGAGAAUGUGCCGCUCACCACACACAACUUUGUGAGGAAGACCUUCUUCACGCUGGCCUUCUGCGACUUCUGCAGAAAGCUGCUGUUCCAGGGUUUCCGCUGUCAGACCUGUGGCUACAAGUUCCACCAGCGCUGCAGCACUGAGGUUCCCCUCAUGUGUGUCAACUAUGACCAACUAGACUUGUUGUUAGUGUCCAAGUUCUUUGAGCAUCACCCGUUCACCCAGGAGGAGGUCUCCUCAGAGGGGACCACCCCAGUGUCUGAGGCCUGUCCAUCCCUCCCCCCAUCUGACUCCACCGGGUCAAUAUGCCACACCACUGUGUCCCCGUCCAAGUCCAUACCCAUCCCGCCUAGUUUCCGGCCCAACGAGGAGGACCACCGCAACCAGUUUGGCCAGCGGGACCGCUCGUCCUCCGCUCCCAAUGUCCAUAUCAAUACCAUCGAGCCUGUCAACAUUGAUGACCUGAUUCGAGAUCAGGGCUUACCAAGGUCAGAUGGAGCCCCCCCGACCCACCCCGCCCGCUGCUUGAGGAAGCACCGAACACGGACCUCAAGCCCCCUCCUAUACUCCUACCCCAAUGACAUAGUGUUUGAUUUUGAGCCCGAGCCUGUUUUCCGAGGCUCUACCACAGGGCUGUCUGCCACGCCUCCUGCCUCUUUACCUGGUUCUCUCACCAGUGUCAAGGUUCCGCAGAAGUCGCCAUGCCAACAGAGGGAGCGCAAGUCGUCGUCGUCGUCUGAGGACCGCAAUAAGAUGAAAACCCUGGGGAGAAGGGACUCCAGUGAUGACUGGGAAAUCCCGGAGGGUCAGAUCACUCUGGGUCAGAGGAUAGGCUCUGGAUCCUUUGGAACUGUCUACAAGGGAAAGUGGCAUGGUGAUGUGGCAGUGAAGAUGUUAAAUGUCACUGCUCCCACACCACAGCAGCUUCAGGCCUUCAAGAAUGAAGUGGGAGUCCUCAGGAAAACGCGUCAUGUGAACAUCCUGCUGUUCAUGGGCUACACCACCAAGCCUCAGCUGGCCAUCGUGACCCAGUGGUGUGAAGGCUCCAGUCUGUACCACCACCUGCACAUCAUCGAGACCAAGUUCGAGAUGAUCAAGCUGAUUGACAUCGCUCGGCAGACCGCUCAGGGCAUGGAUUACCUGCAUGCCAAAUCAAUCAUUCACAGAGAUCUGAAGAGCAACAAUAUUUUCCUCCACGAGGAUCUGACAGUGAAGAUUGGUGACUUUGGUCUGGCUACAGUCAAAUCCCGCUGGAGUGGCUCCCACCAGUUUGAGCAGCUGUCUGGCUCUAUACUGUGGAUGGCUCCAGAGGUGAUCCGGCUGCAGGACAAGAAUCCCUACAGCUUCCAGUCAGACGUCUACGCCUUCGGCAUUGUGCUGUACGAGCUCAUGUCAGGAGCACUGCCCUACUCCAACAUCAACAACAGAGACCAGAUCAUAUUUAUGGUGGGUCGAGGUUACCUGUCUCCUGACCUCAGCAAGGUGCGCAGCAACUGUCCGAAGGCCAUGAAGAGACUGAUGGCUGACUGCCUGAAGAAGAAGAGAGAGGAGCGGCCUCUCUUCCCUCAGAUUUUGGCGUCCAUUGAGCUUCUGGCUCGGUCAUUACCCAAAAUCCACCGCAGCGCCUCGGAGCCUUCGUUAAACCGAGCUGGCUUUCAGACGGAGGACUUCAGCUUGUACGCCUGCGCCUCUCCUAAAACCCCCAUCCAGGCCGGCGGCUAUGGGGAGUUUUCAGCAUUUAAGUAAGUGCUGCAGAUUCCACCAGUCCAUCCCUCGUCACUUCUCAAAAGUCCCGUGUCCAUGCGGUGGAUUCAUUCAUUACUGAAAAAACUGAACAAAUAGUCUCAAAGAAUGUGCUUUUUUUUCUUCCUCUGUCAACCUGAAGAAGGCAGCCUCGUUGGAGUCCGUCCAACAAAAAGCUGUCCCGCAGGCAAACGGCCACAGUGACGGACAAAACUGAAUUAGGAAAAAAAAAAUUUUUUAAAAGAUACUUGAAUGACACAAAAGGAAAGAAAACAAACAAGACACAAAGAGAUACCAAAAGAGUUUUAGGAGGAGAUGGUAAACUGAUGGACUUUCUGCUGGAGGGAAAAAAGAUGAAGUGAAAAAAGUUGAGGCGUCGGGCUCCGCUCGUCGAGUCAUUUCCUGUGCAGGUGAGAAGGGAGGCUGCUUUAUCAGUCAGACCGCCGAACUGCACUUUGAGCGACGGCAGAGCGGGGCCUGUGGUAAGGGAAGAGGCCUCCUGUCUGCGGGGUGGGGUGGAAGGCCAGGUGUUGAGCUGGACGUCACUCAGCCCCAAAGAAAGAUGACUUGAAAGACACAUCUAUUUUUAUUUUUUCAUUAGUUUCUCAUGUUUCUCAGAUUUUAGCUAGCACUUGCUAGGAAUGCAUUUUUUGAUUUUCUCAAUUUUGCAGCACAGGCCACAGCUUUUUUUUUUUUUUUUUUUUUUUUUGUCUUUUUGGGCUUAAUGCUGACCAAAUUCUGCAAAAUACUGUAUUUUGCCUUCUUCUUCGCCCCCAGCAGGUUUGACACCCAUGAUGCAAACGGCAUCAACUGUUGAUCUACUGAAAGAUUUUGCUCUACUUUUUUUCAGAAAUUUCAAAACCUUCACAUUAAAGCAGGAAAAGCGUUUCUUUCUGCAGAUUUCAGGUAGAAAAGUCCAGAGCCUGCACUAACAGCAGGAGCUGUUCUUUGGGAGGGACAUGAUCAUUUGCUUGGUAAGGGAAGCUACAUCAGACUGAUUUCUUAUUCUGUUUAGAAGGCCUGGUCUGAGCAAGCAUGAAAGAUGGGUUGAUAAGUGAGAUUUUGUUGCUCCUGAGAUGCUCUACCUUUUCCAAGGACUUCACGUCUGUGUGAAAGCAGCAGACGCGGUUGUUUUUGUAGAUUUCCGGUAGAGACGUCCGGAGUCUGACGUGAUCUGCCGACCACAGGAGCUGUUGAUAGGGAGGAAAAAUGCAGCUCUGUUUGCUGGUGGAAGCUACACAAGAGGGGUUUCUUAUUCUCUUUAAGGAGGCCGGUCUACGCCGGGCCGAUGCCCAGCCUUUAUGCUGAGCUAAGGAGUGUGUACAGGACACACUUGUUCUCUAAGCUUAGAAGUUGUUACGCAGCAUCUUUGUGGCAAAGCUUUUUCUUUGCUUCUCAUGUCACAAAACCCAACCUCAGAUUUUUUGUUUUUGUUUUUUUUGUGACACCAAGUGCAUAUCGUGUCAUUAUUUUUUUCCCCCCUGUCUCUUCUAUUUUCUCUUUUUUUUUGAUCAUGUGGCUUUAAUAUUGCUCUCAGCUGAAAAUGUGGACCUUACUUGUUGCAGCUGCCGACUAAUGGGCUGCAGCGUUACCUGCUGACAGGACCGGUGAUCAUCUGGAGAAUUCUGCUAGUCCUGAAAAAAAAGUCCGAAAAUGUUCUUUCAAUCACAUUUUUUUACUUUCUCUACACACAUAUGCACCUGUACUUUUUUCAUUCCAGCUUGUGUUCUGGGUUGUAGGUGUUAUUACAGGUUCUUUUUAUUUUGCUAUCGUCAAUGUUUGCCUUUUUCUGUACAGGCAGGCCUGCAGAUAUUUACUUAUUUAUGUGAAUAGUUUUGAAGUAUCAGUCUUUCUUUUGACGCUUGUUUUAGUCUUUGUGACUCGUAUACUUGCACUUUGUAGAGGUGGAUUGAAGCAAACGAGCGACUUGCCUUUUCUUUUUUAUAUCGAGGAAUAAAUUGUGACAUACAGAGCUGAUGACCCAAAAUUCAAUUUCCAAUGCAUAAGUCAUCUGCCGGGGCUGGACUGUGAAAAUUUUGCUGGGAAGGCUCAGUUGCCAUCUAAGGACUGUCUUUAAUGAAGUCUCCAGCAGCCGAGUAUGUCACCACACCUACAGUGAGGAGAGCCGUGCGAAUGAUACUGCUGGCCUGAUGAAUGGAUGUUGUGAAGGGAGAGCAGGUAGUUGAAGAAUCCAUCCAAACACUGACUGACACGCUGGUUCUUCACAUUCAUCACGAUCAUGUCUUUCCAUCAUAGACUAACCCCUCGAGAUCUGAAAUAAUCUGUUCCAAUUUUACAUUCAGUGCAUAAGCACAAUAGGCUGUGCGUUGUACUCCACCAGGGGACAUUCAUAAAAUGUACUCUCCAUUGGUGAACUAGGCUGUUGUUCUCUUUGAUAGCUCAAUUUGGAGAAAACAAGUGAGCUGCAGCGGAUUAACACCACAGAUGUAAAAAUUGCCAAGAAGUGAUGUUAAAGAGCCUGACAGGGCAGACACAUGAGCAGACAGAUGACUAGAUGCAAGCAUUCCCACAGGUUACUCCAACUCACAUAGCAGGAAAAAAAAAAAUGAAGCUGAACAUUAAUAUUAUUUCUCACACUGCACUCUGUUAUUGUAAGCUACAGGCCGAAACGCCAAACAGACAGAGCACUAUCAACUAGCUAGUAAAAAAAAAAAAAAAGUGAAGCGUUGAGCAGCUAAAGAGACAACUAUUAUUCUCAAGUGUUGGUGGAGGCAAAAACCAGAACCACAACUUCAAGUGAAUUCUAGUGUUACUAUGUGUUCGCUGGAUGUAUAAACAGAUAGUAGAGUUCAUCUGCCCAAAACAGGCCACUUGAGGGCAGCUAAAACAAGUUGUGAACACAUCGACAUAUCACUUUUUAAGUUGGUCCAGCAAACCUGUUAGCAAACAGAUGCUUAUUUGCACAUUGACUAUAGUUGCUCUAAGGAAUUCUUCUAUUUUCUCAAUUGUCUGGUGGGUCACAUGGAGUUUUGUACUCCUGCAUCACAUGCAGUCGAUUGAGGUUGGUCUAAGCAGCACGUGCCUAUGCUGUGGACACACCUGCACAAACUUGUGUUUUUUGUGUUUUUGAGUGCACUCUAGUGUCACCUGAAGACCUGCCGAUAGCAGAAAGCCACUUCAGGACGUGGUUUCACCUGUAGAUUUUAAGGGAGCGAGGGCUCCACAGAGUUUGGACUACUGUUGUCCAUUACCUACUUUACUACCACAUAGUAUGUAGGUUAGGGGUGGACUGAUAUAUAUAUAUAUAUAGGCACUAUGUAGGCCUUUUUAUUAAAUAUUACCUCUGAUGAAACCUGAGCUGACAUGUUAUUGAGGUUCUGAGGAAAGGUGGGCAUCACCAUAAAGGGUUGCCAGUCUAAUGCACAUCAAAUGAUGAGUUCAGUCUGGACAGUGGGAGGAAAGCUGCAGUUAGCCACUAACAGUCUGGCCUAGUUCAAUAAUUGAUAUGUGUAUAUAGAUAUAUUCUGUGAUUUAAUGGUAAUUUGCCUAAAAUAUUAAAACUGUUUUCCAACAUCCCUUUAGUGGUAUUUAUACAGUCCGGUAGUUUUUAAUUUGAGUGUUUAGAUUUUGACAUCACGAUCUUCUUCCAGCCCGAUACAAUGAAGGUAAAUGGAAUUUAGUUUGUGGUGCUCUCAGCACUGAACAUGCCUCACUUGUUACUCUGGAUAAUCUGCCCAUAUAUAGUGGACAGUUCUAAUCGGAACUACUUUCUACAAAGGAAACUAAUCUUCAUAAAUAAACCGUCCAUUACUAUCAUAAAGAAUCUCUUACUGACUGUCUUUGAGUUUGAUGAUCUUGAGAUGAACACUUUGAGCAACUGAAUUCCAUUCACCUCCACUUUAAAGCCCACACAGACCGAUAGUCCUGGAGGUGCUCAGAUAAUCAUAAUUAAACAUCCAUUAAUACAUCUGCUGAUGAAGACUAUGUAAUACGGUCUGAACAGGCAAGUAAGUGGACCCUGAGUUAAGAUUGUUUUGGCAACCACUAAUUCCCAGGUCAAGAAUUAACUGUCAGCCUCACUGGAAGUAGCACAUGGCCUUGUCCUCAACCACAGGCGUCCGUAUCCUUCAGACAGCAGUGGCAGUUGUCUCCUGUACUGGGGUCUGCUGUUUGCAUUUUCAGAUUGCUCACAUGACCUGAGGAAGUUAAGUCUUUCAGAGCGCUGUAUUUAUUUUCCUCUAAGAACUCUAUUUUCUAUGAGAAUCUGCUUGAGCUUCAUAGAAUCUACAGGAGAAAUCACUGAGCUCCGUCACUAACGCUCUCAUCUCCACCACCCACCUCUGAUCUUACCACAUAUUCUCUUCCUCUCCUCUUCAUCCAAAACUUUGUGUUCAGCCUUUCUCUACUUUAAUUUGUCUUCUCGAACAUUCCCUCCCUCUCCUCCUUGCCUGCACCUUAAACCCAACAAUUCCUUUCAACUGAGAACUUUCAUAAGAAACUUUAUGGAGAUUUGUUUUGUUUUUCACAUGUAAAUAGUUGUACAAAGGAAAUACUGUCAUUUUGCUAGGAGGCAUGGAGACUACAAAUGUAACAAAUUAUAAAAUGUUCAAAAUAGAGACAAAGAUUAAGAGACAUUUUGAUAGGCCGACUUCUGAGAAAAAUGAGUGUAAAAAUAUUUAAGGCUGUAUCAUAAGGAGAAAGAGCUUAAUGUAUUUGUUGUGAAUAUGAAAAACUGAUAUAUUAAAGAAGUGCAUGAAAACGGUA